AAUCCGACGUUCGACUACAUAUAUGUAUAUAUAUAUAUAGGCCAUAGUCUCCAGCACAUGUUCAACACUGCUCUCGAAAUCAGGUUCACUUUCCCUUCUCACCAGGCGUCUUCACCACCAUCACAUCCCCUCAGCCUCCCAUACCACCGCAGUGACCACAACCAAAAAGAUGAAGUACCUCUUCUCCGCCGCGGCUCUCCUAGCCACGGCAACAGCCCACUACACCUUCCCGGCCCUCAUCGCCGGCGGCUCCUCGACGGGAACGUGGUCGCACGUCCGCAAGACGGCAAACUACCAGUCCAACGGGCCCGUCACGGACGUCAACUCCAACGCCAUCCGCUGCUACGAGCUCGCUCCCGGGACACCCUCGCAGACCUACACCGUCAAGGCGGGAGACACCGUCGGCUUCGUCGCCGCCGCCUCCAUCUCCCACCCGGGACCCCUCCAGUUCUACCUCGCCAAGGUGCCCGCCGGCAAGACGGCCGCCGACUGGGACGGCAGCGGGAACGUGUGGUUCAAGAUCUACGAGCAGGGUGCUACCAUCUCGAGUGCGGGUAUGAGCUGGGGCUCGCAAGGCAAAUCCCAAGUGACAGUUCAGCUCCCUAAGUCCCUUCCCUCGGGAGAGUACCUCUUCCGCGUGGAGCACAUUGGCCUACAUAGCGCUUCGGCUGCCGGCGGCGCCCAGUUCUACAUCUCUUGCGCCCAGCUCAAGGUCACUGACGGUGGAAACGGCACCCCCGGCCCGCUUGUGUCGUUCCCGGGUGCGUACUCAGCAAACGACGCUGGCAUCAAAUUAAAUAUAUACUAUCCCGUGCCUUCUUCGUAUACCCCUCCUGGUCCUAGGCCGUGGGCGGGUUGAUUGGCGCGGAGGGUGUGGUGGUAGAGUCGCGCAUGAUGUAGAUAGCGCCAGGGCCAUCCAUAGCAAAUGAGAAAACCAAAUCAUCAAAAAUUUAUCUCAGUCUAAUGAACAGCUUCCCCAAAUGUGAAAUGGGCCUGACCCAAUCUACAUCA